AUGGUGGUGGCGAAAACACUGGAGGCGCUGUUAGAACCAGACCUGGAGCCGGAAGCGGAGCUGAUUGCUAUGAUGACUUCAGUCGCGUUCCUUGCGCCGAGGACAACAUCAAGGGCGUCACCCGAGACCUCCAAGGCAGUACUCGAGUCCGUGUGCGAGGAGCUUGCAACUGAAUCGAUCGAUGUGAGCCACAAGCCUCAGCGAUUCUCGGAUAAAUGA